AUGCCUAAACUAUUUAAAAACAAAAAAGUUGGAAACAGCAUGAUGGUCAAUACUAAAGAUUCUAUUGAAUCACUCGAACAACUUAGAUCAGAGCACUCUAAUCUUAGCAAUACCAUCUCCGACUUAGAGAUGAAAAGAUAGUUGAUAGAGGAUAAAUUGAGAGAAUUAUCAAUUAAGUUAAACUCCUUUUACUAACAUAGCGACUAACCAAAUAUUCCUAUGUUAAUCUACAAAUUACCAAAUGAUUCACAUUAAGAUUAAAUUACGUUAAAUUAAGAAGUAUACAUUUAAACUAAUGACUAUCAAGAAUUCAUUCCUCAUCUUUAAGAAAAUGACACUAAAAUCAAGAAAGAAUUGUUUAAUUAUUUUAGUUAUAAAUCUGAUGUUGGAGAUCUAUUCAAUGAUCUUGAUGAUACUAGCAACCUUAAAAAACUUGCAGAAGAGUUUGGAAUUAAAUCAAAUAAUAUCAAUAAGAUGAAAUAAUAGAUUAAGAUAAUCUAGAAUUACUUGCUAAACUAAUCGUUUCCAACUUCAUGGAAUAAUAUUUAUAAUAAAGAACUAUUCGAUAAAUUAGAAAUUUGA